UACGCAUGCGCAUUAAUCGAGGGUAUGCCGCUGAUGGGUAACAAAUUGGAAGAACACCCUAACAGGCAGAAAGUGACCCAGAGGGAUAUUUCCCUGCCCUGAAGCAACUCUCAAUGGAUUCUAAAGCAGAGUCUGAGACAGCCCUCUCCUUUUCUGCUGUUGAAGACCCUGCUUUGGAAGAGAAGCUUUUUCUGUCCAGCUCUCACAGUCAAACGGAAGGCGGAGCGCCAAUUUUACUCCAGCUGUUGGAGUUUAAAACUGACCUCCAGGACAUCGUCGAAGAGCUGCAUAUUCGAAGGGAUGCAGAGACGCGCUUUGAGGAUGAAAUCAGUAAGCUUGUGCUGGAGAAACAGGAGCUGGAGUGGGAAAAGGAAUCCCUUCAACAUAAAAUAGAAAACAUGUCAAAGCAGCACACUGACUCACUCGACUCCGUGAAAAAAAGGUUUCAAGUCAAAUUACUACACACUGAGGAGGAGAAGGGGAAAUACCAGGUCAGUGCAGAGUUAAAGGACAAGGAGAUUAACAAUUUAAAGGAAGAGCUGAAGUCAUUGCAGUUGCUGAAAUACAACUUGGAGAAGAAAUCGAGUGAGCUGGAACAGAAGCUAGCCCUGCAGAGUCGCACAAAGGAUAGCCACCUGAAGCAGCUGGCAGAGGUGGAGAAAAGAUUCAGUGCUCUUUCCAGACAGUGCGCUAUAGUCAAGCAGGCUCAUGACAAACUGGAGCAGAAUGUUGAUGAGGCCAUGAAGCUAAAUAACAAGUUGACUUCAGCCAGAGAAAGACAAGAAGGAAUCAUUGAUUCACUUAAGAAGGAGUUGGAGGAAGUCACCAACAAGCUCAUAAAAGAAAAGAUGAACACAGUCAGACAUGAGAAGAUCCAGAGUCCUUUAGGGAGGGAACAGCACAUACAGGAGCUGCAACAAAAACUCCACAUGGAGUCUGAAAUGAACAGAAAACUCAGGGAGGAGAAUUUUGCUGAACGAGCAGAAAAGCAGAAGUUGAUGGGGUCCUUGCAGCACAACCAGCAGCUGUUGUUGAGUCAGACACAGACCAUAAGGAGAAUCGAACAGGAGAUGGAAAGUCAAACAGAGAUGUUCAAGGCCCUUAAGCAAGAACGCGAAGUGAUGCGAGAGAAUAGAAAGACAAUCGAAGACAAAGUGGCUGAACUGACAAAGAGCUACGCUGAUUCCAAGAUGAACUGGGACAAAGAGAGAAAAACAUUGCUGACUCAAAUUAAGAAUGAACAGUCAGACUUUCAAGCCUUGAAAGACGCUUAUGAAGGCCUUCAGCUGAAAUGCGCUGACCUGAUCUUGCAGGCCAGUUCACAAGCACAGCAAGGCGGGAAACCACAGAUAAAAGACAAUAGUCAGAGUCCUCUUGUUGUGGCCCAGCUCAGUCCUUUCAGCUCAGUCUUGGAAAGAUUCAGAGCUGAGGAAACUGCUAAGGAUCUAGAUUCCAGCUCUCAGCUGCCUGACCUCGACAGUCUGCAGUGUGCUGCUUCCUCUCAGGCCAAAAUCCAGGAUUGUCUGAAGGACACAGGAUCAGCUUCAAAGCUUGCUGCUACUGGAGCAAAUGGAGGUCAAGACGAGGUGAAUCAUCAGAAAGAAAUGAUUAAACGGUUAUCAUAUUUCACAAGCAGCAUCCCUCAUAACUCUGAAAAGAACACAGGAACUGCUAGUACAAGUGACUUAAUUGGAUCUGAUCAGAGUUUCCUGAGUAAAUCUACCUGUGUCAGUACACCAAACCCUGGGUGCACUUCACUGAAUGGAUCUCCAGAAUUAUUUGAAUAUGAAACAUAUGAAGAGAACAAAACAGGAAAUAAUAAAAAGCAUGAGAGAGGGGAGGAUAGCAAAAAGGAAACCAACAAUUUAGAGAAGGAGGAAAAAGUAUUUCAAGAAAAUCUGAAAAGUGAAAGAAAUGCUGCAGAAAAAAGAACAACCCCAGUUCAAAUGGCAGAUAGUACAGCAGACAUGCACAGGGAUUCUGAGGGGUCAGCAAAGGCGACAGAGAGGACCAGUAACCCAGAAACAAAAACAGGAGCCAGAGGUGAGGGAGAAGUAACAGAUAGCGUGAAAGAGAGAGGAGAGUCAGCAAAGCAUGCAUCAAAAAGUCCAGAAACACAGAUACCAGCUCUCACGACUGCUGAUAUGACUGAAGCGAGCCUCAGCGGGCAGGUCAAUGACUUCAUGGAUACUGAACGGCCGUCAACUGUCUGUGAACCCGUUAACGCCACAGACCGUGUUUCUCUAAAAACCACUGAGAAGGACGGAAAUGUGAACGGUGAAUUUACUGUCAGCACAAAUGAGCACAAAGUGAAUUCAGAUCAACACAGCAUCAGUGCUGAAGAUGAGCAACGUAUCUUAACCACAAUGAAUGAGACUUCAUGUCCUGAAGCUCAGUCGACAACACUUUGUCAGAUUCCAGGAGAUGAGAACCCAUCCAGGGAAACAUCGGAUGCUUUUCCUGCUCAAUGCGCCUCCCAGAUUAAUUCUGCUGGAGAGUUAAAGCAAGAAAUCAAUGUUCAGGUGUGCCAAACAAACCAAAAUGAAACUGGAAGAUGUAAUCCUCCACAAGUCAACGGCGAUAUGAUCCAAACAGAUGAAAAUACUGAGUCUGAGUUACCACCGGAAAUUUCAGCGAAAGAGAGUGUGCGGCUGACGUCUGCUGUGGCUAAUGAUGAAGAUGAUGCACAAAAGAGGAAGCGGAUUCAGCCAAAUGUAAACACAUGUGAAACUGUACAUAUACCUUCGUCAACAUCCUGUUUAAAGGAUGUACCCAUGGAGGCUAUGCUUCUACCAGAUGUUUCAACUGAAAACAUUCAGGAGGAAACAAAAACCAACACACUGAAGGAUCCUGGACAAAAAGAAGUAACCCAAGACAAAGGCGAUCCGAAUCUCUCUAAUCUGCCAAGUCAUGACAAUAAUGGAUGGCCAGAGCUUGACCGUUCGCAGUUUCUCCAGAAGAGACCUGAUGCUUCAUUUGAUUUGUCCCUGAUGACCAGAAAGCCCUGCAGGUCUCUGCUUGAGUGGGGGGCAGCUCAGAGGAAACGGUUCUGCCCCGGAACAAAGUCAGAUGGUUCUGGCCUGCGACAAUUAAACCAGGCUCCCGGUGUGUCUCAAACAGGCAGCACAGGACAUUCCCACAGCUCUAUACCCAUGUUCAACGAAAACAAGCACAACAAAGUCCCCUUGCUCAUAAUGAGAGCAUCAGAUCUAGUCAAUGGCUCUGGAGCUACAUCCUGUUUGACGGGUCAACAGAGGGAAGAAGACUGCAGCGAGGAACCAGCAGAAACGGCCAAGACACUUUCUUUGCCCAUCAGUUCUUUUCCACUCACUCUCUCCUCUAAUACAAGCAGCAAAGGUUCACUGCAGACCAACCUGGAGUGUAGCAAAGCUCAGAGCUCAGCCCCAGUUGCAGGGUCGGAGUCGGAGUGGGAUCUGUCCUGUUCCCAGGAGAGGGAAACCCAGCAGUCUGCUUUCAGAACACAGAUCUCUAAGAUCGAACAUUUUCUCAACAGCGAGAGGCUUCGACUGUCCAAAAGACGACGAACUGACAACUGAACAAAACUGCUGUAUCCUUCUGUGCUACACAUCCAAACAAGUUUCACAAAUCUCUGUGCUGUUCACUCAUUGUUGUCAGAUUUGAGCAACUGCUUCAGGAGGAAGGCAAUAUUGAUACAACUAGAAGUGUAAGCUAAUGUUUGGAUAAGGUUUUGUGUGUUCAUUUAAGUUGAAUUUGAAGCAGAUCCUUGUGAAUCAUUUUACUCUGCACAAUUUAAGAACGUUCACAAAGCUGUGUUUUUGUUAGCCACCAAUCCCUUUUUAAAGGAAGUACCCUGAUAUAAAAGUGUAUAAAAAGACUGAAAAGACUUUUAUCUUA